GCCGUCCCGCCUCUCCCGUCCGGCUGCUGCCGCCGCCGCCGCCGCUGCUGCCUGGGGCUUGGUUGAGGCGGACGGUGGUUCUGGGCCGGAGUGUGGCGCCGGUGCCGCUGCGCGAAGGGGCAAGCGGGCAGUCAGAAAAUGGGUAAGAAGAGUCGAGUAAAAACACAAAAAUCAGGCACUGGUGCUACAGCAAGUGUGUCACCGAAGGAAACCUUGAACCUGACUAGUGAGCUCUUGCAGAAAUGCAGUAGUCCUGCACCCGGUCCAGGGAAAGAGUGGGAAGAAUACGUGCAGAUCCGGUCUCUAGUGGAGAAAAUACGGAAAAAGCAAAAAGGUCUGUCUGUUACUUUUGAUGGAAAAAGAGAAGAUUACUUUCCUAAUCUAAUGAAAUGGGCCUCUGAAAAUGGAGCUUCGGUUGAGGGUUUUGAAAUGGUUAAUUUCAAAGAAGAGGGCUUUGGUUUGAGAGCAACAAGAGAUAUCAAGGCAGAAGAGUUAUUUUUAUGGGUUCCACGGAAAUUACUAAUGACUGUUGAGUCUGCUAAAAAUUCAGUUUUGGGGCCCUUGUACUCUCAAGACCGAAUUCUUCAAGCCAUGGGAAACAUCACACUGGCUUUUCACCUGCUGUGUGAGCGAGCUGACCCUGACUCUUUCUGGCAGCCCUACAUUCAGACCCUCCCCAGCGAGUAUGACACUCCUCUCUACUUUGAGGAAGAUGAAGUUCGGUUUCUACAGUCCACACAGGCUGUCCAUGAUGUCUUCAGCCAGUACAAGAACACAGCUCGGCAGUAUGCCUACUUCUACAAGGUCAUCCAGACCCAUCCGCACGCCAACAAGCUGCCCUUGAAGGAUUCUUUCACUUACGAGGACUACAGGUGGGCAGUCUCUUCUGUGAUGACACGGCAGAACCAGAUUCCGACGGAGGACGGUUCCCGGGUGACCCUGGCGCUGAUUCCUCUAUGGGACAUGUGCAAUCACACCAACGGCCUGAUCACCACUGGGUACAACCUGGAGGAUGACCGCUGUGAGUGUGUGGCUCUGCAGGACUUCCGGGCCGGAGAGCAGAUUUACAUUUUUUAUGGCACUCGGUCAAAUGCAGAGUUUGUGAUCCACAGUGGUUUUUUCUUUGACAAUAAUUCACACGACAGAGUGAAAAUAAAGCUUGGAGUGAGUAAAAGUGACAGGCUCUACGCGAUGAAGGCUGAGGUCUUGGCCCGCGCUGGCAUCCCCACUUCCAGCGUGUUUGCCCUGCACUUUGCGGAGCCGCCCAUCUCUGCCCAGCUGCUGGCUUUUCUCCGCGUGUUCUGCAUGACCGAAGACGAGCUGAAGGCACAUCUGCUAGGAGAUAAUGCUAUCGACAGAGUCUUCACCUUGGGUAACUCUGAGUAUCCUGUGAGCUGGGACAAUGAGGUCAAACUUUGGACAUUUCUUGAAGAUCGAGCCUCGCUUCUUUUAAAAACAUAUAAGACAACUAGCGAGGAAGACAAGUCCUUCUUGAAAAGCCAGGACCUUUCUGUUCGAGCAAGAAUGGCCAUCAAGUUGCGUUUGGGUGAAAAAGAGAUUUUGGAAAAAGCAGUGAAGAGCGCGGCUGCGAACCGCGAGUAUUACCGCAGGCGAAUGGAGGAAGGGGCUCCGCUGCCCAAGCACGAGGAGAGUGACCCCGGGCUGCUGGAGGGCGGCGGGGCGGACUCACGGCUGCCCCUGGUCCUGCGGAGCCUGGAGGAGGCCGGCGUGCAGGAGGCCCUCGCCCUCUCCGAGGUCGUCAGCCGUGCGAAGGCGGCGGAGAACGGGCUUGUCAACGGCCAAAACUCUAUCCCCAACGGGACCAGGUUAGCAAAGGAGAGUUUAGAUGAAGAGGAAAGGGAAAGAGCGACUGCAGACGCCAGAGAACCUCCCUCGGAGAGCGCUGGGGAGGCCGCAGAGCCCCUCUGAGGGCGCGGCCGCCUGGGGUCCGCUCAGCAAGUUCAUGAGCACGUCACUUACAGCUGCAGCUCCUGUUUCACGUUUUGUUUUUGUUUUUGUUUUUUUUCUGCAGAGAGGAAAGUGUUUUUGCUGCUUUAUAUAAAAAUAAUUUUUUUUAAGUUAUUUAAAAAAAUCUAGCUUCCCUUUUUGAUUAAGAUUGCCAUCUUGCUUUUAGGCAAAACAAACAAGUUAUCAAACCCUGGCAGCAAAGGGGGAAGGGGCGGCGCCAUGGAAGGUGUGGCCGGCAGACCAGUGUGGGCAGUGCUUGCGUCCUGGGGAGGGUCCAGCUCCUCCCUAGGGGCCUGUCUUUGUGCGGCAGAGUGCACGCCUGCUCUGCCUCCUGCCGGAGGGCGCCGCGGGCUGGCGGCUCGCCUGGGGUUCCCUGUGGGAGGGGGCAGUCUCGCAGCCUCGGACAGGCUUGAGGUUUGGACACUUGUCUGCUCGAAAUCUUUUUCUUUUUCCUAAAAAGAUAACACUUCAGUACCAAAAGAAGGUAAGGUGGCAGCCUUAUUUUAAUAGUUUUAAAUGUUGGUGAUAACCCUGAUUAUAUAAAAGACACACACACACACACACACACACACACACAUCUAGUGGUCUCUAAAGAUUUGUUUACUUUGUGUGUUUUGUUUUACUGUAUUAAGAACGUGUCCCUUCUCCUGGAGUCAGCAGGACAUGCCCCCUCCUAGUCGCACAUGUGGCCGCGGCGCGUCGGCUUCCUGUGCAGGUGACGGAGCCGGGAGCUCGCGGGCACAGCCGCCGCUCUGCGUGCCGGGCUCCAAGCGAGGCAGCUCCCGGCUCUGCUAUUCCCACAAGCUAGAGAGAUUUUCAGAGCUACACUUUUGAGUAAAAAGCCUUAUUAAAAGGAAAACGUGAUUAAUA